AUGGACGUCCAGCCGCGCCCCCAGCACCGACGCAAUGCCAGCUCCAAGACGGGCAUCUUCAGAUCGCUGGUCUCGCCCAAGUCUCGACCAGCUUCACCCGAGCCUUCACCGGCUAAUGCCCAAUGUGACGCGAGGAUGAAGCCGCUCCCCACUGAUCAGUCACAUACCAGCAGCAGAGGCGGACUGCGAGAACGAGCAGGGAAUGUGCAGUCACCGCCAUCGUCACCAUCGAAGAAGGGCAGAAGCAACGAGGACAAUCCCAAGGCCGUCACCAUACCCACAACGUCGAAAGAUGGCAAAGAUGCGCCUAAGAAGUCCAAGUCAUCCACGAACCUCGCCGCCGUCUUUGCCAAGAUGAACAGGUCCAGCAAAGAUCUGUCCAAGCAGGUACCGACCGACAAAGAGAACACGACUCCGCCAGUAUCUGCUACCCCAGCACCCGAGACGCCGAUAUGGGCACAAUUCUCUUCCCAGCCCAACUCGAACUCCUCUCGACCUGAUAGUCGCCGUCGUCCUGACAGUCGUGGAAAGGGUAACCGGUCACCAAAGAAUGUCAAGGACGAGAUCGCAAAGUACACGCCCAAGGAAUACUCCCCGAGCAAACAGCGCAACUUCAAUGGCACCCUCGACCAGCCCGAAUUGAGGCCCACCCUCAGUCGCGAUCGACCGCAUAGCACCUACCUGCCAACAUCCGAUAGCUUCAUGAAUGUCAUCAGCAGGAAGAUCAGUGGGCGAUCGAGCACAGACGAGAAGAGAAGAUCGCAAGCCAUCAGCGAGAAGGAUAUGCCGAUUCUGCCGGGCAGAGUGUCAAUGGAGCAGUCAAGACUACUCGGCCGAGACACUCACCGCAAGGCGAGUGGAAGCAGCACAGAGCAGGCGCCGGCGAAAGAGAAGCUGGACAUCAACAAAAGAGGGGGGAGGGUAGCAGCACUGGCGGCGGCAUUCUCUGCUAAGACGAAGGAUCCUCACGCAGAGACCCAGAAGGCAGAAGCACCACUCGAUCCAAAAGCGGUAGACGCCGCCUUUGAGGCAGUACUCGAUGCUCGAAAUAUCCCGGAGCCCAUGCGACAGAAGAUGCGAACACUGACGCUUCGAGUCAAGACAGACUUCAUCAAGCAGGACGAAGGCUCAAAGGGCAGCACGCCUCCUGGCACACUCACUGGUGAUCUGGAAAAAUCCAAGUCAUCAGCCGUUAUCACGGAGGCUCCCGCGGAGAAGAAAGAGGAAGACGACGGCAAGUCUACCAAACGAUCGCGGACACGCAGCCGAACGUUCACAUUCUCCAGAGGCGACAAGAAGAACAAGAGCGAGUCCCCGUCGAAAAGGGCGCGCGCGCAGAGUAAAUCCAGACCAAUGUCGAUUGACAUACCAAAGGAUACUCCAAUAGUGGGUCAGCACACAGGCCCGACUACGCCAACUGGAUCUUGUGGCUUCAGGAGCGGAGCUCCAGCCCUUCCUGUCGACUACAUAUCAUAUCUCCACAAGAACACCGAUCCAACAAAAAUCGAGGUCGGACGGUUGCACAAGCUGCGAAUACUGCUUCGCAAUGAGACAGUGGCUUGGGUCGACAGCUUCAUCUCGCAAGGCGGAAUGGCCGAGAUCGUGGCAUUGUUGCAUAGGACAAUGGAGGUCGAGUGGAGGGAAGAUCACGAAGACCAGCUGCUCCACGAGACUUUGCUGUGUCUGAAGGGAUUGUGUACGACGGAACGUGCCUUGGCUGAGCUCAACAAGGUCGCAGAUGACUUAUUCCCAGCUCUGCUCGCAAUGCUGUUCGAUGAGGAAAAGAAAGGGCCGGCCGAGUACACGACCCGGACCGUCAUCAUCAACGUGCUCUUCAACUACCUGUCUGCUGCAACGGCGGGAGGAUCACCCGCAGACCUCGAAACUCGCGCUCGAAGGAUACUCGCUUUCCUCGGCGAGCAACAGAAGCCAGAGGAAGCACGGCCUGUGGACUUUGUUCUGGGCAUGCGGAUCCCUCGACCAUAUAAGCUCUGGUGCCGGGAAGUGUCAAACGUGACCAAGGAGGUCUUCUGGAUCUUCCUACACCACCUCAACGUUGUGCCGCUACCAAAGCCCAGCAGUUCUCACAGCAACGUCAACGCUAACGACGAAGACCGAGCGAAGGCCCUGCAAGCGACAUAUACGCAACGUCACUUCCCAGGGUCUCGACCGCCAGUACCGGCAGCUCCAUACAUCGGUGGAGUCGAAUGGGACGCCACGACUUAUCUGACCGCGCACCUCGACCUGUUGAACGGCUUGAUCGCCUCCCUGCCCACAACAGAAGCGCGCUACACCCUCCGGGAGGAACUCCAAGCAUCAGGCUUCGAAAAAGUCAUGGGCGCCGUGAUGCGCACCUGCAAAGAGAAAUUCUACUCCGGUGUCCACGAUGGCCUCCGCGCAUGGGUCGCAGCCGCAGCAGAGGAUGGCUGCGACACUAGAUUCGUGAGGGAGGGUCCCACGGAUGAAGAAGUGAAAGAGCACGCGAUGAAGGCCAGCCCGAAGAAGAGUCCGAAGAAGAAGCAGGAGAAGCCGCCUCAGCUGGAUGCGCCCUUGCUUGAAGCUCCGAAGUUGGAUCUUGGACUUAAGUUGUCGAAGACGAACUCGAAGGAUGAUGAGGGGUGGUUGGGGUGA